ACAAGGACCUGACUGUAUGUCUAGUGGGUUGCAUGAGAUGACAGAAGUGUUGCUAAUGAAGAACUUGUGUGUCAGUCUUUAUUCCUGACAGUGAAGGUGCAGAAACAUGCACUGGAUCGUCCACGUCUCUGUGGUUCUUCUCAACAUUCUAUGGGUCGCCUUCUUUUUACAACCAGAUCCAUUCACAGUGUUUGUACAGAGAAGAAGCAGCAGCAGCUACGAUGAGGAGACGCUGUUUGGAGAGUUUUGCAUUCAGCCUCCAUCUGAUAUGAUGUCAGCUCCGGGUCCAGUCAGCGUCUCUGCUGGUAAAACCAAAAACACGAUGUUGGAUGCACACACAGAACCAAACAAUCGGUCAGAUAUCAGGCUCAGCACUCUGGCAGCAGCAAGUGAACCUACAACAACUGCUUCAGCUGUCAGUGACCUGCAUGAGAGUCCUCCAGCUCCUGAGCAGACGCUGACUUCCUCAGAGGUGACUUCAGCAUCAGACCUGGUUUCUAGCAUCAGAGCAAAAGCUGAUCCUGUUUCAACCACCAAACGUCCAAAAGCUCCUGUCAGGCAGGCAGACCAGCAGGACCAGGGACUAAGACGUCAUGUUUCACUUGGUCCAGAAAACUGCUGCUUCACAUACUACCAGAGAAAACUGAACAAAAAGGUCAUUGACUCAUAUGAGGUGACUGAUCACCGGUGCGCCAAGCCUGGAGUCAUUUUGACAGUAGCAAAGUCUCGUCGCAUCUGUGUGGAUCCCAGUCUCUCCUGGGUCGAGGACAUCAUGAAAGAUCUCGACAACGAGCGCUCCACUUAAACCAGCUGCCUGUUGGUCUGUCCAGCUUCUGCUGCUUUAUCAAAUCACAACCUAUGA